UUAAAUAGCCCAGGCCCGAGGCAGCGGCCGCAGCUGUGGACCCGACCGCCUUCCCCGUGGCUCCAUUGGCGCUGGCCCACAGUGGUGGGCUCGAUUGGCUGCCUAGCUGGCAUUGACGUCCCUUGGAGCCUGGUGGCAGCCGGAGGUAAACAGCCAUGUGCAAUCUUCCACUCUAUAUUUAACAGCUGCUGCGGAGAAGGCAGGGACGCAGAGAGCAGUGGCAGCUCCGGGGACAGCUCUUGUCUUGGGGAGAAGGCCCUCGCAGCCGGGCUGGCACCAGCCCUCACAGUGUCAGCGUCACCAUGCCAGCCUCCCAGAACCGGGCCCGUGCCCGGGACCGCAACGUCCUCAACCGGGCCGAGUUCCUGUCCCUGAACCAGCCCCCCAAGGGGGUCCCGGAGCCCCGCAGCUCCAACAGGAAGGCCUCAGGACCCUCGGUGCAGCCCCCACCCCCUGGCGACGGGGCCCGCGAGCGACGCCAGUCUCAGCAGCUGCCCGAAGAGGACUGCAUGCAGCUGAACCCGUCCUUCAAGGGUAUCGCCUUCAACUCCCUGCUAGCCAUUGACAUCUGCAUGUCCAAGCGGCUGGGGGUGUGUGCAGGCCGGGCCGCAUCUUGGGCCAGCGCCCGCUCCAUGGUCAAGCUCAUUGGCAUCACGGGCCACGGCAUCCCCUGGAUCGGGGGCACCAUCCUCUGUCUGGUAAAGAGCAGCACGCUGGCUGGCCAGGAGGUGCUUAUGAACCUGCUGCUGGCCCUGCUCCUGGAGUCUGGCUUCAUGCCAGCCAGGGAUGGGUGUUGA